GUGGGUGAUAUCUGUGGUUUGUAAUUUUCGUUGGAAAUCGAAAUUCGAUUAUUUACAAUUUUUAAAUGUAUAAUGUCGAAAAUAAGGCAAAUAUUGAAGCUGUCUUAUUGCCGGUAUUACAGUGUACAACAAGCAAAGAAAAGGCUCCCAAUUAUCGCAUGUAAACGUCCAGAACUAAACCAUUUCGAGGGCCAAACGUACAGUAAGUUUGACGGCAUAAAACUCGCUUCCCAGGGCUGGUUGCACCCUAAAUCAAAGAAUGAUUACUUUAUUAUUUACGGGAAUGCGAAUAAAAAGGAGGAAAAAGAGGUUUACAGGAAAUCUUUUGAAGAAAUCGGGUUGUGUAGUGAGCUUAGAGAGGUUAUGUCACAAUUAGGUUAUUCGAUGCCUACGGCUAUACAAGCAAAGUCAUUUUCACCUAUAAUACAAGGGCACAACACUGCGGUGACCGCUGAGACGGGCUGUGGAAAGACUUUGGCGUAUUUGCUGCCUAUUUUGCAGCACAUACUAGAGUGGAAGCCUUAUGUACAAGAAGAUUUUAACAGUCCUCUAGCUGUGGUUAUAACGCCGAGCAGAGAAUUAGCACUACAAAUUGGAGAAGUUGUUCAAAGCAUCACACAGAAUCUAAACAUUAACAUCUCAACACUUGUCGGAGGUAAAACGAAGCAGAAAAUGCUUAACCCACCCAUCGAAUACUCUGACCUGCUCAUAACCACACUUGGUGCAUACAGCAAGCUGGUUACAACAGGAAUUUUCAAAAUUCACAAUGUACAUCAUAUUGUGUUGGACGAAGCAGACUCGCUAUUGGACGACAGUUUUAUUGACAAGCUGUCAAACUUGAUGAGAAAGUUUUCUAUACAAUUCAAAGUAGACAUCAAAUCACCUCCUCAAGGGUGUCAAGUUACACUGGUCAGUGCAACGCUGCCGCACGAGCUACCAGAAGCUGUGACCUCCUUCAUGGACCCCCAGUCUCUGAGGACUGUCACUACCAACAAUAUACACAAAAUACUGCCCCAUGUGCCACACAAAUUCCUCCGCUUAGGCAAAGCCCAGAAACCGGCAGAACUAUUGAAACUGGUGCAAGCUGAUGUUAACCAACAGAAACCUGUCAUGAUAUUCUCCAAUAAGACUGCAACCUGUGAUUUCUUGGCCAUGUUUCUCAACGAGAACAAUAUAGAAUGCAUCAACAUCAAUGGACAGAUGGCUGUGCCGUUGAAAUUAGGGAAGUUUGAAAUGUUCAAAAGUGGGAAGGUUAAUGUUCUCUCGUGCACUGAUAUUGCUUCUCGUGGUUUGGACACACUUAGGACUCGCCAUAUAAUAAACUACGACUUUCCUCUAUACACCGCUGAGUACCUCCACCGCACUGGACGCACCGGCCGACUGGGAUCAGCCGACGACUGCCAUGUCACCAACUUUGUGGCUUGGCCCAAAGAGAUACAACUCGUGCAGAAAAUAGAGACUGCUGUCCGGAAAAACGUCCCACUGCCCAACGUUAACGCCAAUAUUAAAAGGCAAAUCCAGGAUAGAAUAGCGAAAUCUUCUGCAGCUGCACUGUUAUAGGUAAGUUAGUAAAAUAGUUGCUUAAUUCUAAAAGUGUCCUUAAGGGCUUAUUAUAAAACUUGUAAAAUAGUAUUCACAUAAUGAGACAUCCUGUAAACCAUUUAAGAUGCACGCUUGAGUAUUAUAUUAUGUUCAUCAGCACAAUAAUGGCUUAACCCAAAAAGUGUCAUUAUAGAAAAGAGUUUUAAAUCCAGACGAGUUAAAGUGCAUCUGCCAAAAAUAUUUUUUUUUAAUUAAACUAAGUGCAUAUCGAAAGAAUGUAAUGUGAAAUUGUAAAAUGAUGAUGUCAUAUUUAAAGUACUAGUGAUAAGAUGUGGAUCAACUGUGUUAUUGUGGUCUUAGCCAGUUCCAAAUUGUAUAUUUUAGCUGAACAGCUGUAGUUACGUAAGUGUAGUAAUAGGUACUCAAAAAGGGAUCUUUGAGAAAUGUACGUUUUUAUACAAUGAAAUUUGGAUGCCAAAUCAGAUGUGUGCCUAUGUGGUGUUCAUAAGUAUCUAAUGUAUAUUGAAAUGUAAAUAAAAGCAUAAUACCAAAA